UAUAUAACACCCAUGCUAUAGAUAGGAUGGGCCUGCGUCACUAAUUUUGAUUUUUAGUGCUUUUUUUUUAAGUAUUUUAGAGUCUGUUGAUUGUUUUAGUUUCGUUCUCCAGUUGUUGCUGCUUCUUAUUGAACUUCAAUUGUUUUGCAUCAGCUCUGUUCUUCUCCAGAACAAUUUCAAAAUGGCUAGAUCUGCAUUGGCUGAGGUUUCUCAAUCGGGUGCCUUUGUUAGAACACCUUCAACAUUCAGAAACUUAAUCUCAAGGGACCAGAAUUCUACUUUCCCAGCUGAAGUUGGGAGGUAUCACCUCUAUGUGUCUUAUGCUUGUCCCUGGGCAUCCAGGUGCCUCAUGUACUUGAAAAUCAAAGGUCUUGACCAAGCAAUCAGUUUCUCGUCUGUCAAACCGGUAUGGGAGAGAACAAAGGAUUCAGAUGAUCACAAGGGCUGGGUCUUUCCUACCUUUGAUAAUGAGGAACUGGGAGCUGAGCCAGACUCGUUGAAUGGAACCAGAACUAUAAGGGAACUGUAUGAGAUAGCCAGUUCAAACUAUUCCGGAAAGUACACAGUUCCUGUUCUUUGGGAUAAAAAACUCAAAACAAUUGUCAACAACGAGAGUGAAGAGAUAAUCCGCAUGUUCAAUUCUGAGUUCAACGAAAUUGCAGAGAAUCCAUCUAUUGACCUUUAUCCUCUUCAGUUGCAAGAUAAGAUCAAUGAGGUCAAUAGAUGGAUAUAUGUUGGUAUUAACAAUGGUGUCUAUAAAUGUGGAUUUGCUACUAAGCAAGAGCCUUACAAUGAGGCUGUAUUGAGAUUAUAUGAAGCAUUGGACAGAUGUGAGGAUAUUCUGGAUAAGCAGAGAUAUCUUUGUGGUAACACAUUGACUGAAGCAGAUGUUCGAUUGUUUGUCACCCUUAUUAGAUUUGACGAGGUUUACGCAGUUCAUUUCAAGUGUAACAAAAAGCAGUUGAGAGAGUACCCAAACUUGUUCAAUUACACAAAAGACAUCUUCCAGAUUGCAGGUGUUAGCACCACUGUGAACAUGGUACAUAUCAAGAAAAACUAUUAUGGAAGUCAUUUAUCCAUCAAUCCUUAUGGCAUUGUUCCGCUUGGCCCCAAUUUGGAUUACUCGAUUCCUCAUGAUAGAGACAGAUUUUCUACUUAAGGGUCGAUAUGCACCAUUGCCCCCAAAACAUCGUAUCAAUCCUUGCUCGUCUUUCAUUUUGUUUCUUCUCAGCUAUGUUAUAUAGUAUUGGGAUUGUGUGUCAACUCUAAUGUAUACUGAAGUGUCUUUAGUAUAUAUAGCCAAUUUCUAAUAAUACAAAUAAUGUUUGUGCGUCUGAAA